AGGUUUGUGGCUGAUCAGGAUUUGAACCUAUGUCUUCCUGGUUUCACUUUGCCCAUGACACCCUGCUGACUCUCCACACUGCCUAAUUCGAUUUCUGUAUGUGCAGGUGCUAAGCAAUUUUAAACUUCCUAAUGCAAAGCGUGCAUGGCAGACCAUUCUCAUUAAUUUUCAGUAACCCUUAUUUAUUUAGAGAUGGGUUGAAAAAUACAGACCUCAGACCCUGGGUGAUCUGAUCUCUCAUCAGGACAUUCUAAGUACUAUUCAGAAGUUCAUCACUGAAGAUCGACUGCCUCACCUUCUCCUCUAUGGACCUCCAGGGACUGGGAAGACCUCUACCAUCUUGGCUUGUGCUAAACAGCUUUACCAAGGCAAGGAGUAUGGCUCAAUGGUUCUGGAGCUGAAUGCUUCAGAUGAUCGAGGAAUUGACAUUGUCAGAGGACCUAUCCUGAACUUUGCCAGUACAAGAACCAUCUUUAAGAAAGGCUUUAAGCUGGUUAUUCUCGAUGAAGCAGAUGCCAUGACACAGGACGCCCAGAAUGCUCUCAGGAGAGUGAUCGAGAAGUUCACAGAGAACACCAGAUUUUGUCUGAUCUGCAACUACCUCUCUAAGGUCAUCCCGGCCCUGCAGUCUAGGUGCACCAGAUUCCGCUUUGGGCCCCUGACCCCUGAGCUGAUGGUUCCCCGGCUGCAGCACGUGAUAGAGCAGGAGAAAGUUGACACAAGCGAUGAUGGGAUGAAGGCGCUGGUGACUCUUUCUAAUGGUGACAUGCGCAGAGCUCUGAACAUCCUGCAGAGCACUAACAUGGCCUUUGGAAAGGUGACUGAGGAGACAGUCUACACUUGCACCGGACACCCGCUCAAGUCUGAUAUUGCCAACAUCCUGGACUGGAUGCUAAACCAAGAUUUCACCACUGCCUAUCGCAAUAUCAUGGAACUGAAAACGCUCAAAGGGUUGGCUCUGCACGACAUCCUGACAGAGAUCCACCUGUUCAUCCAUCGAGUUGACUUUCCACCAUCGGUACGGAUUCAGCUGCUGAUCAAGAUGGCAGACGUUGAGCAUCGUCUGGCAGCAGGGACAAGCGAGAAGAUUCAGCUGGGGGCCCUUGUUGCUGCUUUCCAGGUCACCAGGGACCUGAUUGCCGCUGAGGCUUAGAAUCCACACUUCCUCUCUAGUAGUCCAUCUGCUGUUUAGACUGCAUAUAGUUUGGAAGCCUGCAGCUUCCCUUAUUGCCUAGAUUCCAGCAGGACUCUUAUUGUGUUUAGGUUGGCUCUGGAUAUGGCAUCAGAGCUGUGAAUGUUGCCUUGAUCUUGGAAGGUGGACACUCAAGCCAACAAGCAUUCUGCUACCUUCAUGUAGCCGCUGAGAUACCUUCUAUUUGCCUUAACCUCUGCUGUCUUUUACUCAGACACCUCCCUCUUUGGGCCAAGGAGGGCUAAUUUAGCUAACAUCUCCCCACUAUACCAAGAGGGUUGCUGUGAAUAUGGAGUAAAAUGCUGCAGCAUUAUUGUUUCCCUUGUUCAUUCUUAACUACGGCCCUGUUGCAGUAUGUGUGUUAAAAACAUUUUAUAUUAAAAUGCUUGAAAUAUG